AUGAGAAAUUGCUGGUGCGCUAAAAAACGUGCUCGAUACUACAAGCCACAACAUAACCUCUAGCGUGUUGUCCCGUCUCGUUGUCGUCACUUGACAUUCACAAGCAGUAUUUCGGACAGUAAAAUCUUUGUGACACUGUCAUGGCGAAAAUCGGCGAUGUUGGUGCUGAUGGGUUGAUGCGAGGAGCCAGUGUUCUGUCAAGGCCGGCUGAUGAAUUCGGCAAUGAUGAAACAGUGGAAGCGAUGUGGGCAAUGAAAGCAUUCAAACAUGCCGAAGUCUAUUUCAAUCUGUUGUCUUCAGUCGACCCGAAAUUGUUGAAGCUUACCCCCCAGGAUGACAAAAUUUACAAAGAAUUUAGGAACAAAUUUCCUGAUUUGAAAGUAGAUGUCAUUAUUGAGGAUGAAAUUAAAAGUGCAGCAGGCAAAGAGUUGUGGCGUCCAUUUUGUGAGCAAUUCAAGGAUGAGGUUGAAGACUAUAGUUUUGGCACUCUCCUGCGACUGAAUUGCAAAGAUGAAUUUUCUCAAGAAAACACUACACUCGUUCCCAGAAUCCAAUUCUAUGCCAUUGAAAUUGCAAGAAACCGUGAGGGCUUAAAUGAUAUACUUCGAGAGAAGUCGAGGAAAAAGGAUUAGAUUAGACCUGAAACAAUAGUCACACUCCUUUCCAAAUCAGAAAUAUUUAUUAAUCAUAAAUUCAACCUUAUUUCCUGUUUUUAAAUGAAAAGACCUAUUAUUUUUGUAUAUUAUGGUAUUUACUGGGUUCAUUAAAGACAUAAAAUCAUCAA